ACACAUUACGGCACAACUUUUAGCCACAGCUUCUCUCCUUCGCUAAAGGUUGUGAGAUCGUUAUUCAACAGCAGGCGUCCCUUGGCUCAGGUUUGCUCCUCACCGGUCCACCAUCGGCGGCCGUUCCGGCCAAUUUCCCUCCGCCAUGGCCUACGCUACUCGGUUACACAUUUCUCUCCCACACGCUCUUCUUCCUACUGUAUCUUGCUGGUUGUCUCCUCCCGCCGUUUUCCGCAGGCUGAGCGGUUUUUCCUCAACCUGCAAGUUAUUCUCCCAUUCGAGUAAGUUUAAGGCUCCGUCGACUCUGGUUUAUGCGCAGGCCAAACGAGGCUUUUCUGCUAAAGAAGACGAUGUAGCUUCGUCUGUUGAUCUUGAAUUUGAAGCACCGCUCAAAAUUGUGGAAUAUCCGGACCCAAUACUUAGAGCGAAGAAUAAGCGUAUUGGUUCAUUUGAUGAUAAUCUGAAGAAGUUGGUGCAGGAAAUGUUUGAUGUAAUGUAUAAAACUGAUGGUAUUGGGCUCUCGGCACCUCAAGUGGGAGUUAAUGUUCAACUUAUGGUAUUUAAUUCAGUUGGUGAACGUGGUGAAGGGGAGGAAAUUGUUCUUGUGAACCCUAAAGUUUACAGAUAUUCCAAGAAAACUGUACUCUUUAAUGAAGGUUGCUUAUCAUUCCCGAUGAUAUAUGCUGAUGUAGAGAGACCAGAAUCAAUUAAGAUUGAUGCACGAGACAUCAGUGGUACAAGGUUUAUGGUCAACUUGUCAGGCCUUUCUGCAAGAGUCUUCCAGCAUGAAUUUGACCAUUUGCAGGGAACUUUGUUUUUCGAUAGAAUGACGGAUGAAGUACUCGAGACCAUUCGCCCUCAGCUGCAGGCCUUAGAAAAGAAGUACGAAGAUAGAACUGGAUUACCAAGUCCUGAAAGAAUAGAGAACUUUAGAAGGAAGGUUGGUGCUGGUUUUGGAAAAUCGUGAUUGUAGAUUAUGAUUAUGAAUGCUACUACUAAAUUGUAUGAUCUUAAGAAUUUUGAUUUUGAUACUUUGGUGGUUUUUCUAUACUUUGACCAUAUUAUUUAAGUUACAUCAUAGGUUUGUUACUUCA